AUGACAAAGAAGUUCAUCGGUUUCUUGACUGUACUCUUAUGUGCCAUCGUGGUCUCCUCAUUUGAUACUGUGAUAUCAUCUCCUGUCAAGCAGAGCGGUUCAGAUGGGCACAUAGAAUUAUAUCGCCGUAGUCCAGGUAAUGGAAUUUUCCAUAGUAAUGUGGCCAGAAAUCGUAUCGAUAUUGCAACAAAGGCAAAAGGUAGAAGUGCAAGUGCUUACAAUCUUUUCAGACAAGGAAAUGUUAGCAAAGCUGUUGGUCGUGCUGUCACUGGUGCAAUAGGUCAGCAUCCAGUGAUGCAAGGGGCAAUAGCACGAGGAAGAGCCGCUCGUCAAGCCUAUGUUUCACGAUUGAAACGCAAAUGA